ACUCGCCCGCCGCUAUCGCGAAACCGAACCUCGUCGCCAAUCCGUUUUCACGCCCACGUCUGCUAUACUACCUUGUCAUCGAACUCGCAGUGCUGCUGCUUGGAUGGUGGUCGGAUCCCGGUUGCGACCCCCGUCACGGCGCCUCUUGAUAUAGCCUGCUUGCCGGUGACUGCGAUUGGACCUUCGAUUACUCCCAUCUCUUCUUGGCCUCGGUGAUCCUCUUAUAUGUCCCGACAUUAGCCAUGUCCGUGAUUCAGGUGGAAGAUCUGGUUUCCUACCAGCUCCGUACGGGCUAUCUGAAUGAGGUUGCCGACGGCGUAGGAGAACGGCUAUUCACACUGAACGAAGGCUUCCUCAACUCGGCGCCCUUCAAGUCCACCGGUUGGCGCCCGAAUCCCGCCCUCAUCAAGCGAACCCACUCUCCUCCUAUACCCACAGCGAUCGCAUCCGAAUACUUCCAAGCCCCGCGAGUAGCUGCGCUGCCGCUUGAAGAUGAAGGGGAGGAAGAGAACUUGUUUCCGGGCGGGGGCAUGCCGCUGGGCCCUAGUGUAGCCGCGAAGCGCCGCAGGAGGAGGGAACAAAUGCAGGAUGAAGACGACAGCAGUGAUCUCAGCGACGAGAGCGACGAUGAACCCGACCACCGAGCUGCUCAACAAAUCAAAUUUGCAAAGAUGCCAUUGCGCACUCGAUCUGGCUCUUCACCUAUUCAGUCGUCCAACCUGCGCCAGGCAACAACAAUGUCACCACCAAAACCGGCAGUCAGAAGAGGCUCUCAGUCCGCCUUGGAGACGGUAAAGGAGAGGGCGAGGAGCGACACUGUAACAAGUAGUGAGGUCUCAUCAGAUCACGAGUUUGAUGCUUCUGGGUUCCACCGGGCAAGAGAGGCUGCCCAAGCUGCGGCAGCCCGCGCAGCCAAGCUGUCUGCCAAGCUGAACACAGAUCCUUCCAUGGGCAUCAAGCGAGAAGCAAGCGAUCUACUCGAGGACGAAGAUGAAGACGAUGAUUCGGACGCUUCGGACAUAUCCGAAGCCUUUGUCGAAAGUAUUGACUCAGCAUCCAUCCUGGAUGCCAUCAAGAACCCCAUGAACGCAUCGCCUCAGCAUCAAGUGGUCGGUACACCUCCACGAGAGUACACAAGGAGGUCAACCAUGAUACGCAAGUCAGUCAUGCCACCUCCAUCAUCCCUACUAGUAGCGAAGCUUCCACCUCCACGGCCAUUGAGCACGAUCCGUCCGAUCAGCGUGGUUCAACCCAAGAGUCUGCUCUCCGCGGCGCUGAAGGCCAAGAAGACAAAACCGGCGCUUCCAUUCGAUCGCUUCGCAUCUCUGUCAGGACAGGGCGACCCGAACCCGAUAAUGCUUAGGAUCUACGCCCCGUUCUCUAAGAGUCCCUCUAAGCCUUUCGAGGUGCUCAUCCGCCGGACCAUCCACGAGGGUGAAGGCAUGGAAAGGCCCGUAACGGUUGCCGAUCUUAUCGGCCUAAGUUUAUGGCGCUACAACGAGGAGAAGCUAGAACCGUCACUCCCGAACGACAGGCUUAACGUCAACUGGUGGACGCUCCGCAUGGUGGAAGAAGACGGCGAAGUAGACGACGACUUCCCGCCCCUGGAGCGGAAGAAGCAGCUCACCUCCUUUACUACAGCUAACAACAAGGCCGGACGGUCACGCUCCAACUCCAAAGUCUACGAUAUCUUCGCCCUUUCCAAGGCAUCCGAAGACGAAUUCGAAGAGAACCAAGAACUCACCCCGCAAUUCGAGCAGGAACAAGCCGGCGGGAGCCACGAGGAGGAGGAAGAAGACAAUGACCUAACACCGCGCGGCACUCCCCGACCAGACAACUCCCUCCUCCCCGCCGCCGAGCCCCGAGGUAACCCGCUGCUCAACACCACCUACCGCCCCGGCGUGACCAUGUACGCCGACAUGCCGCAGCCCGCCCAGCCAACACAGAGCACCUCGCGCGGCGAGAAGCGUCUCCUGCGCAUCCACUUCCACUCCUCCGACGUGCCGGCCGGGCAAAUGAUCACGCUCGACGUGACCACGGAAACCUGGCUCGCCGACGUGCUAGACACGGCCUGCCGAAAGCGCCAACUAGACAAGGCCAACCACGUGCUCAAGCUCCCGCAAUCCGGCACCGUCGUCCCCCUCGACCGCACCGUCGGCUCGCUAAACAACGUGACGGAACUCGACCUUCACCGGCGACGCUUCGCCACCGACGGUCCGCUAACCAUGACCGGCUCCCCCAGCUCUUCUUCCCCUCGCCCACCCUUAUUCGCAGAUAACUCAUCCACCUGGACAACAAAAUCCAAGAAAGGCAGAGGCAUCAUGGGCGUGCACCCGCUCGCCAAGGAGAUCCUCAAGCAGGACGAGCUGGGCAUCGGCACGACGGCGGUGAAAAAGUACACGGUCUGGCGGAAGCAGCCGAUGCGGUUGCUUUCCGAAAAGAUCUUUGUCAUUGACGGCGAGUACAUCCACAUCAUGCCUUCGGCGGGCGGGAAGAACCCGGGGGAGAUUGUGGAUGGGAAGGCGACAACGGUGCAUUUCAGUAACGUGGUGGGGUGCAAGGUUUCGAGGAAGCAUCCUAAUAACUUUAAGCUUGUGGUGUACAAAGCUACGGAAAGCAAGCGGUAUGACUUCCAGACUAGCAGUGCGGAAUAUGCGGCGGAAAUCGUCAACGAGCUUAAGAAGGGAAUUUCACCUUACCGGGAGGUGUAACCGAAGAGCUCAAGCAAGCCAAAAGUGGCUCGAGAGGAGGCCUCUUGGCUUUUGCGGCUCAACGAACUGUUAUAAAGCGGGUUUGCUUGCUUGGCUAUUCUAUCGAGCACCUUUUGCUAAAAGCCCCUCCUGGUCUGCUGAGAUCUACCGGUUGUA